CGCGCUCAAAGGGUCCUGGGCCUCCUGCACAUGCGAGCCGCCAUUUUGUUGAACAAAAAAAUAUCCUUUCCUCAAGAACUCUUCUUCAUUUCUAAGGCUUUACCCCAAAGAUGGGCGAUAGCGACGAAGAAUACGACAGAAGAAGAGCCAGAGAUAAGUUUCGAAGAGAAAGAAGUGAUUAUAACGAACGGAGAAGAGAAAGAGAAGAGAGAAACUCUCGCCGUGACGACUGGCCAGACCGACGCCGUGAUCAGCAAGGGUCGUGGGAUAGAGGUAGAAGAGGAGGCGGCGAUUACCGAGAUUUCGAUCGUGGAAGGCGAGAUAGUGGCGGAAGGCACCAUGAAUUGAGUCCUCCUAUACCAAAGCGCCUGAGAAGAGAUUGGGAUGAUCCGUACCAUGGCGGUGGUGGUGACUUUGGUCCUUACGGGGGAGGCGGAGCUAAUGCUGGCGGAAUGCCGCAUCACCCUGUUUGGAAUCACCCUGGUGGUGACAUGGGGCAAAUGCAGAUGGGACAAGAUGCAAGACAAAGAUCUGAUGGCCCCUCCUUGGAGACGCCCCCUGGUCCCGUCAUGCAAACCUUGAAACAGUUCCUAGCAACACAAGACGACAACAUUGACGACAUGGAGGCCAUCCGCAAAUACCAGGCUUACAAACUGGACUUUAAAAAGACACAGCUGAAUGAUUUCUUCCAACAGCACAAAGAUGAGGAAUGGUUCCGCAUGAGGUACCACCCUCGGGAAGCAGCCCAGCGGCAGAAGGAACUGCAGAGGUCUGUGCGUCGCAGGUUGAACUGUUUUCUUGAGCUGAUGGAGAUGGAGUUGAGCAAGGACCUCAGGCUGGAAGUGGAUCACAGUGAUGCUAUUGUCAAGUUCCUUGAUGCAGUUGUUAUCAAGCUUGAAGGAGGGAGUGAUGAGGACUUGGCAAUCCUAGACAGGUCUCCCUCCCCCUCCCCUGACAGAAGGAGGCAACACUCUCAGUCCUCCCCCCACAGCGACAGAAAGAGAAGCAACCGUCAUCACAGUGGAUCACGUUCAAGGUCGAGGUCCCCUUCCCCCAAGAAGAUUAGCAAUGACGCUGCUGAAUCCCUGCUUGAGCCCAUCUCGCCCUCUUCGGUGCCCCUCCCAGAUGACCUGCCCCCUGAUGAGGGUGCAGGUGAUGGUAAGGGGUUCGCUGCCCUUGAGCCUACAGUUGAACAGAAGGAGCUACAGCAACAAGCCCAGCACUACAAACAGCAGCAAAUCGAAAAUCAAAAGAACUCAGUCCAACCUGAACAGGGACCAGACCAGUCAGAAGAACCAAACUCAGCCUCUGACAAAAAGGGAGAGGAAUCCAAAAAGAAGAGAAAGCGCCACCAUCGGGAGCCUUAUUACUUUGACAACCCUGAAGACGAGAGUGACAGCGAUUCUGAGUCUGACUCAGAGUCCGAGCCUGCCCCGCCUGGGGAGGAGAUGUCCCCUGCAGAAGUGAGAAUAGAUGAGGAUUUGCGACCCCCUGGGGUUGAGGACCACCCACAAGGAACUGAUUCAGCCUCCACCAGCACCCCCAUGCAGUUACCCUCAAGCUCAUCUACUGUCACCCCAACAACGACAACACCCCCACAGCAACCAAGACCAGACUCAGGUGAUGCAGCUGUGGGCUCAAGUGAGACAGAGAGCAGUGAAGUCUCCAGCGGGAAACCCGAACAGAAAACAGACGGAUCAGAAGAUGGGGCAGUGGACUCAACGCAAAGCCCAGACUCCAAGCCUAACAAGCCAGACCAGUCCGAGGAGAGCAUAAAGAAGGAUAGAUCCCCUAUCAGCCCUGCCCAACAGGUGGAAAGUACGGAUGGCAAUGUUGGGGAUGAUGAAGUAAGCAGUGGUAAAGAAGGGGCAGUGAGCGCAGGCAAUGACCAGGAUGUGGAGAUGGCACCUGCGACAUCUAGUGAUGCUGUGUCAAGUGACGUUGUGAUGAAACCCAUAGUGUCUGAGCAAGUAUCUCCUCUACCAUCUACUGCUACUGAAGAUCAGCAGAUGCAAGAGGUUGUUGACUCCAACAAGCUGGCAGAGAAGAAAGAGGUAACAGAGGAAGUCAGCCCUGUAAAGCCACUAUCCACAAAAGAAAGCAAAGAAAAUGCAUUGGAGGAGAAGGAAAGGGAUUCUGCCGAAGAGGAGGGCAUGGCAAGCGAGGGGAAAGAGCUUGUACCCGCUGGGCCACGCCCGCUUCAUAAGACAUAUUCACUUUUCAUGAGGAACAUCCCGCCAAGCAUCUCAAAGGCUGACAUAGCCGCAGCAUGCAAACGAUUCCCUGGGUUUCUGCGUGUUGCACUUUCAGACCCAAGUCCUGAUAGAAGAUUUUACAGGCGAGGGUGGAUCACAUUUGACAGAAGUGUUGAUAUCAAACAGAUCAACUGGGAUUUCAACAACAUCAGAAUAAAGGAGGCCGAGUUAAACCCUGUCAUCAACCGUGAUCUAUCACGCCGCAUUCGACCAGUGAACGGCAUCACCCAAGCCAAGCAGGUUGUUCGUGAGAGUAUUAAGCUAGCUGCUGAUCUUAUUCGAGUCUUAGACAAGAAGUCAGCUGUGUAUGAGAAAGAUCAGGAGAAGCAGGAGGAACAAAAUGGAAAAGAGAAGGAAACUGCCGAGAAGAAAGAAGAAGGGGAGGAAGGGGAAGAAAAACCUGCUGAAGAAAAAGAACCACCUUUGAACAUCCCCAAUGAGAACCCCAUCCUGGCAUCCCUAUCUGAAGAUGUCGCUGAGGAGGAGGGUGGCGAAGAGAUGGAGCUGCUUGGUAAAGGAUCACCUCCUGCUGACGGUGAUGGCGACAAGUCUGAGGUGGACUUCACCCAGGACCCCACCUUACUGCGGGUGCUGGAUAGGAUGCUGCUGUACCUCCGUGUGGUGCACUCAAUGGAUUACUAUAACUGCGGCGAUUACCCACAUGAAGAUGAGAUGCCUAAUAGGUGUGGGAUCAUGCAUGUACGUGGGCCUGUCCCUGAGAAGGCUACACUAGCUGAAGCUCAUGAAUGGCAAAAGAACACAAAGCAGAAGCUAGAGCUGUUCCUUCAGGAGAAAGAGACUGUUCCUGAUGAAGAGAUUCUCAAACUUGGAAAGAAAGAUCCGGAAUCUGAGAUCGAAAAAUUUGUUGAGGCUAACACCCAGGAGCUUGCCAAGGAUAAAUGGCUUUGUCCGCUGAGUGGCAAGAAAUUUAGAGGCCCCGAAUUUGUGAGAAAACACAUCUUCAACAAGCAUGCUGACCAAGUUGAAGAAGUUAGAAUGGAGGUGGAAUUCUUUAACAGAUUUAUUGCUGAUCCAAAGAGGCCUGCAAACCCGGAACCUUCUGCCCAGAACAAACAGAACUCCCAACCUCCCAUGGGUCAGAUGUUCGGCCAGCAGCAUGGUGGGCAAGGCAUGAUGGGAUGGGGGCCCAGACCUCCUAUGAUGAUGAACUACGGUCCUCGUGCACCGUUCACACCACAGUCCUACGGAGGAGGGUUUGGACAUGACGGCUACGGGGGACGCGGAGGCCACACCUUCCCCCCAAAACCCAGACGAUUUGGCUAUGCAGCCGGACGCAAUAGGCAACAGGAGAGGGGAUUCAAUCGAGAUCCGCGGCAGAUCGUUACAUAUCGCGACCUGGAUGCCCCAGAUGACGGCCCCGACCUUUUCUAGACACGCUCCACCUAGAUUUUGUUAGCAAUUAACUUCAGAGGAGGCGUAGAAUGAGCCAGGAAAGUGGGAUUUCUCGUUAGGAGAAGAAAGAGAAGGAAAUUUUUCAGAGAGAAGCAAAGGCACGAGAAAUGGGAUUCCUCUGUUAGGGGAGAAUUGAGAAGGGGAUUUCCCUGUUAGGGGGGAACCGAGAAAAGGAUUCCCCUGUAAAGGGAGAAUUGAGAGAGGAUUCCCGUAAGAGAAUAAGAGAUAAGAAAGGGGGAAUCCCGGAGAGAAGCAGAUAUUUGAGAAGGGAAAUCCGUGAGAAGGCGAUGCCCCUACUUUUAGUACCCCAGUUACUAUAUUAGAAAAUACACUCUAGUCUGUGUGUGGAAGGCUCUUUUGCAGAUUGCAUCUAACCCAUCUUUGCCUUUAGUUAUAAAGUUUAUGUCUAGGGGUGUAUAAAGUAAGCUUCCUUCUGUCCAUAGUUGUAUAAAUAUAUUUUCGUUUUGCCACAAAGUGUACAAUCGUAUAGGAAAUAGUGUUUCCUUUGGAGCGUUCUUCCUUGUAGCAGAAUCCUCGUUAUCAGUUGUAUAGGUUUUUUAGUUAAACUAUUGCCUUUUUUAUUCCAAUCGUGUCACUGUCGUUAAAUUUGAUAGUAACGUUUUGUGCAGGCAAAUAAACGUAAUGAAACAACAAA